AUGCUUUGGAACCAAGUACGGCACGAACUAUGGCUAGUUGCGGCUUCGCUUGUACUGGCGGGAGCAGAGCGGAGGACCGUUCCAAGCCAGCUGCGUGUUGGGACAUUCUUGUCCGCGCUGCGGCCACAUCCAACGACUGACGAAGACUUCCGCCCUACUGCUGUCCGUGAGUUCAUUGAUCUCAUGAAGCAUAGCACGCCCUUCGCUGACGGCAUCGAAAAUGGUUUUGUCGGCGACAACGCUAGCUGGGUGCACUACAACUGGCCUGAGGGGUUCGAAAUCGGUUUUCGACGGGAUGGAUACCCUCAAAGUUUGCCGAAUUUCACGAUGUUUGGAUCCCUGAGACAAAGCUCCGUGAAGGCGACAAUCGGUCUGGGCGGCGCUUUCGUUGAGGAUGGGGAAUACGUCGCCACAUGGCAGGGUGCGGGCAACAUCUCCUUUGAAGGUGAUGCUGAGUUACUCUACAUGGAGGAUGCCAACGCUGCCAGAGUCAUGGUCCGACCAAAGAGCGGAGUGGUUGUCCGAGUCGUGCGCACUGAUGAAGACGAUCCACUGCACGCGAUAACCUUGACUCCAGUUGAGUACCGGCAGAAUGCGACGGAACAGCUGUUUCAUCCUCGUUUUCUGGAGAUGUUGAAUGGGACGGCUGUCCUGCGGUUCGCUAGUUGGCAGAUGAUCGAUGCUUGGGGGCACGUUGGUUCCCUAGCGCGCGGCUGGGAGAAUCGAACGCUGCCAUCGGACCAGACGCAAGCAGGUCCCUUUGGAGUGUGCGUGGAGUACAUGGUGGAACUGGCCAACAGACUUGGAGCGCGUCCGUGGUUCUCCAUGCCGAAGGCACCGGAGACUGAGCCUGACAGCAUCGAUGAGUAUGCUAGAGAAUUUGCUUUGCUGGUGAACCAAAGUCUCGAUCCUCAGCUGAGGGUCUAUGUGGAGUACCGAUCCUGUUGCCUGAAUGGCCUGGCACCGGGAUGGAACUCACAGGAAAACGCAGUACAAUCUCUGACUUUAUGGAAGAGCUGGGAACAAGCAGGCUUCGACCCAGAUCGACUUAUUAAUGUCAUAUCCUCUUUGCAGCAGCUGGACAAGUUCGGCACGGAUGUUACAUCUGUCGAAGCUGCCGCGAUUGAAGUUUCGUUUUCAGACGUGUGCAAGUAUGGGGAGACCCCGUGUACUGACUUCAAUGCCAUGGAGGCCAUCAGCACCUACGGAGCUUUGACCCCCGCUGAACUGAUUGAUGCCGUUGUGCGGCCCGCCAUGCUCAAGGAAGAAGCUGAGAUCAUCCAACGAGUCCAGCAAGCUCUUCAUUAUGGCUUUGAGAUCAUUGCAUUCAACGCGCUGCCCAUGAUAUCGGCCCGGGGUUACGGUCAUCGCGGAAACCUGAACUGGGCGUUAAGAUGCGAGAGCUGCUUAAUGAAAACGCUGGGGCGCCGCUACGGCGCAGGGCAGCAGGCGCAAUUGGCAGACGGUGGCUGGGUCUUUGAGGCUGACUUUGUGGCAUAUAAAGGCUACCAGGGCCUGCUCGAGGAGGAUCGGGCAUAUGACGGCAAUGGUUUGUACUGGCUGCAUGGGACACCCGAGCAGGCCAAACUACAUUGUGUGAACAUGUCAACCUGCGAUGGCUUCACGUAUAUAAGAACCGGGGAAUGGAGCUGCGGAGUCGGGAACAGCUAUCGCUACGGAGAUUGUUCAACUCCAGGCACUGCAUAUUUCUUUCAACGCAGUCGGAUUGGCGAAGGUGCUCGCAGACCUCCGACCGAAUGUUCUGCAUUUACCGUGAAUGAUGACCCUUAUGACCAGUGUGGUCCAUCCAGCACUGACAGCUACUUCAAAGUGGAUGCUCAGAUUCCAGGUUUUUCCGAUGCAGCUGCUGCAGAUCUAGCUGCUCGAGACGCUUGCCAGACCUCGUGCGAGCAUGCGUACACGUCUGAGUACUGGAAUCCGCCUGCUGCAGGACUCACCUUGGAUGAGCUUCGCUCGCUUUUGCCCGGCAUCACUGCAGCAGCUGCCAGCGAACAAAACCUGGAAAACAACAUGAUCUCUGCUUUUCGGGAACCCGUAAUGGAAGAUCUGAUGCUCGACUACUUGGAGCGUCUACGCCAGAUUGGCUUCUCCACCGUUGUCGGCGGGCAGAUGGUCCGAUUAGCAAGAAGCUGCUGGUCAGGGGGCAAAGCAUGUGGACAAGCUUCUGUUAUGCUGCACUGGGACGAUGACAGCCCCAUCCGACGUGCUAUGACGGGCUACGUGCAUGGACGGCGAGCAGCUCGGGUCAUCCCUACGGACGAGCUGAAGCCAUGUCCACAGACAUGCGUCCACGGCAUCUGCGAGCAGGGCAGUUGCAAGUGUUGGAAAGGAGCGAGUGGGGCAGAUUGUUCCCGGCUAGCUCCAGCAGAAUGCCACCGUGGUCGUAAGCUGGGCUUGUCCCUCUCGGGCAUAAGCUACUGGACAAGGGAGUGGGCCUUCGUCGACGUUUUCAAAAACGUGGGUGAAUGGCAAGCGCAGGAGUUUACGUCCUACACCUGGAACACAGGCAGCGAGCUGAUAUUCAGGGGUGAUGGGUAUCCUGCCCACCUCAACAUCAACCAGGUCGCCCAACUGUUGACAGUGCGCGAUGUUGAGAGACACUACACGGAUGGUUGGUAUACGGUCCUUUUCGAUGGCGAGGGUGUCCUUGAGUUCAACAUGGAUGUGACGGCUGUCCAUCGCAUUGCUCGAAAUCACAUUCAAAUCUACGUGAACUUGACGACGUCCAUGAACAAUGGCAUAGGCAUCCGAGUGUCAGAUACUCGGGAAGACGACCCAGUGAGGAAUAUUCGAGUCAUUACUCCUGGCUUCGAAGAGACAUUUCACACGUCGCCCUUCCACCCGGCUUUCCUUGCAAGCCUUGAGGGCUUCUCUGUGUUGAGAUUCAUGGACUGGAUGCAUGCCAACAGUGACAAGACGCCUUUCGAAUGGGCAUCGCGUGUCACACCAUCGUACUAUACACAGGGCUCACACCCGGGGGUAAGCCUGGAGUACAUGGUGCGGCUGUCGAACGAAGUCGGGGCCGAACCCUGGUUUUCUCUGCCAGUGAAUGCAACGGACGCCUACAUCGGGCAGUUCGUGGCAUUUGUAUCUGAGCACCUGAGGCCAGAUCUCGGGGUUUUCAUCGAGCUCGGGAAUGAAGCCUGGCACCCCGGGUUUUUUGGAGGCCAAUGGGCACAACAGCAAGGAGCAGCGGAAGGACUGUCCUUUUUGUGCUGGUACGCGAAGCGCUCCGGGGAAAUGGCCAGAAUUGCAAAAGCCGUGAUCAACGGCACACGAGACUUGACCGUUGUUGCAGGGAGCCAGUCGUCCAAUUAUGAUGCGACGGCCCAGUUGUUGCAGUGCGAAGGCAUCAAUGACACCGAUGCCAUCGGUUUAGGACCGUAUUUCAAUGGAUACAACAUUCUCCCAGACCCAGAUGCCGAUCUCAAUCUCGUGCUAGAGAGCUAUGAGACUGAAGUCAAUACUUCGUUGCAGCGAGUUCGCGAACAUAAGGCAGUACUGCAAGGCACUCAUUUCAAGUUGCUGGCUUAUGAAGCUGGCCCGGCCGGGGAAGGUGAUGGCAGCGCAGAUGACCUUGCGAUCCAGGCGCAUCGACAUCCGAAAAUGAAGGACAUUCUUGCUAAAUACCUGAAUGACCUUGACAAAGAGUUUGACUUGAUGGUCUACUUUGCAAGCUGUGGAAGGCCAUCCAGGUAUGGCUCCUGGGGUAUGAUCGAAGCCAUGGAUCAGCCCAGGGAAUCUGCAUUCAAGUACCAAGCGGUGCAGGAGUUUUUGGCCAAUCGAACACAUCCUCUUCCUUCGGCUUGUAGCUACGAGGAGCCAGACUGUGCGGGUGCAGACGGCUGUUCAGGCAAGGGGCUGUGUGGAUCGGAUGACCAGUGCUACUGCUACCGUGGUUACUCCGGCGUGAGCUGUUUGGAUGCCUCGUACACAGACUACUCAUCCUGCGGGUACCGCUGCACCUUCGAUCAAGGUCUUUGCGAAGUGUCCGAGAUCAUUGGCAAUGCACGGAGCUGGCACUGCAGCUGUCGUGAAGAGUACAACGGCGGCAAGUGUUCCAAAUUCCAGUGCCCGAAUGGAUGCAACCAAAGAGGACACUGCAUUGCCAGCGGGGUAUGCAGCUGCUUUCGUGGAUUUCGCGGCAGGGAAUGUGAAAUUGACUGCGGAUGUGGGCAUCACGGCCAGUGCGACGCAAACAACGAGUGCAUAUGUGAUCAGGGGUGGCGCAGGUCUUCUUCAACUGGCUGUGAGUGGGACUGUGCAACUGCUGACACACUGGGCUGCACUGGCCCAGGCCAGAGCGCAUGCUCGUCGUGUACCUAUGGAACCUGUGUUGAUGGAUCCUGUCGUUGCUGGGCCGGUGCUUAUGGUGCCACAUGUGGAGCUCUCAACAGCUCACUCCUCGGCCAUGGAGGGGCAGCCUUUGGCAUCAACGUCGCCACAACGCCUUCCACCUUUGUUGACGUGAUGAAAACAUCGCGCGGAUGGACUAGCAUUUGGGACAGGGAUACACAGCCCGGCCAAUUCUCAUAUCAGGGCGGCAGUCUCAUGUGGACGAGCCGUCAGUAUGAGUGGGGCAAUGGCCUUCAGAUCAAUCAAAAUUCAGAUGGGUAUGUCACAUCACUCAUGCAGGACCAGGCCGUGAUCACCCUAACCUUGCGUGACGUUUGCCUACAUGCACCCAGAGGUCGAUACGUCAUUACGUAUGAUGGUGAUGGUGAGCUCGAUCUUGGCAUGGACGCAACGCCGGCAGCUUUCCAAAAAGGCCGAAUCGAUGUGGACUUUGAACCAACUUGCCGGCGUGAGUGUUGGUUUGACCGAGCUGGAUGGUUGGCGUACUGCUCUGACAACGGCAUUGCGAUUACCAUCCGACGAGUUAACCCGCAGAAUCCGUUGCGCAACAUCCGGAUCAUCAUGCCAGGUUUCUUGGCGACUCAUGAGCAAGAGCCUUUCCAUCCCUGGUUCUUGAAGAACUUGGAGAGAUUUUCAACUGUUCGGCUCAUGGACUGGACGCACAUCAACUCGGAGUCCUUCAUCAAGCGCACUCCGUUCAGUGCUCGGUUUGUUCGUUUCACAUCAACGGCCACUCAUGGUGGAGGCUUGCCAAGGAUCUCAGAGUUACUGCUGAAAGGGCCAGAUGGAGAGUUGCUCAGUUGCACAUCUGAUGCUCCUGAGCUCUGCGAUGGCGAUCCAAACACAGAUUGGGCUCCACUUCCCGAAGACGGAGACCGAGUCAACGGAGAGCUCAGUGGCGUGGUGCGUCUUCCAGAAGGUGCGACCUUCAGCAGUUACAUGUGGAUGACUUCAGGCUGGAGCAGACGCGUCGAUCCGGUGAUGUGGCGCUUGGAAGUUUCAGACGAUGGGGUCACAUGGAUGCUGGCCGACGCACGCAACACGCUGCAGCCUGUGACAUACUACCGCCGCCGUGUGGCAGCCUUUGGCAGCCCAGAGGAGGAUUCCUGGUAUCCACUCCGAAGAUCGGACGAUCUCUGGCAAUGGGCCGACCGCGCUUUGCCCACACAUCGGUCACAAGCGACAGGCGCCGUUGCCUUAGAGUACCAGGUGCUUUUGGUUAACACCUUGGGAGCAGCACCUUGGGUGACUGUCCACCAUCUUGCAUCCGACGACUAUGUCCGCCGAGAAGCCAUGUUCUGGCUUGAGAACCUCCGCCCAGACGUUCAAAUCUACGUGGAGCACAGCAAUGAAGUCUGGAAUCCCCUCUUUCCGCAGGGUCGCUAUGCCACGGAGAAGGGAGUGAUGCUUGGGCUCGUGAAUUCCACUUGCAGAACACCAGACACCCACUGCGCCCGUGUUAGAUACAACGCCUACCGCUCCAAGCAGAUCUUUGAUAUUUGGGCUGAUGUCUGGACGCUACAACGGAGUCGGGUGAAGUUUGUCCUGUCCACUCAAGCAGUUUGGGCAGAUGUGACCCGAGAUCUUUUCUCACAAAACAAUGGCGCGGGCGCAGAUCUUCUGGGGAUCACGGGAUACAUGGGUCCCACAGGUGGCAUUGACCAGACCUACUCGGCCCGCACCCCUCCCGAAGUGAUCGAACUCUUCAAGCAGGGCAAGGAGAAUGCACGAACCUACGUGCGAGCACAGAAAGCUUUGGCCGAAGAAGCUGGCCUAGGCCUCACCUUCUACGAGGGCGGGGUCGGGCUUGUGGAAGAUGGCACAAUCGAGACUGGCCAGGCUAUUGGCUCCAUAACAGAGCUGCUGAUGGCUACGGGCCGGUCACCAGACUUUCAGGAAGCUGUGGAAGCAUGGCUCGACAUGUUCCGCGAGGAGGUUGGAGAUAAUACCCUCUUCAUGUACUUUGUCGACACUGGCUUCUGGUCAAAGUAUGGGCAGUGGGGCAACCGUGAAUACUACGACGCGGCGACGGCCACUUCUCCAGCGGCAGCAGCGGUGCAUGCCUUCUUGGACAGACUUGCAGGGAACCGCCCGGCGUGUGUUGUUGCCAACUCCGGGGGCAGAGGCCUUCCACCCGACAGUUUCCUUGGGCCUCCCGCUGUCUGGCAACCGCAGCGAGGAGCUGUCCUUGUGAGGGGCAAGCGCUACAAAGUCACGUGGGCAGAUGCGGAGCGGCUGCCAGCUGGGCUCGUUCUGGACUUCCAUCUGUGGCAACGCAGCUCCUGCCCGGGAGAAGCCGCAAAGGAUGCCAUCAAUCUAGGUUCGCAAGAUGCAUCAGCAGGAACCUUUUCUUGGCAAGUUCCAGAUGCGCUGGAGGCGGGUGACGAGUACUUCGUUGAACUUCGUCCACGAGCUCCAGCCGCCAUGCCGAGCAACUAUAGUUCAUUGUUCUCCGUGGUCGUCCAGGCCGAUGCCCCAGCGACCUACCUGUUGUACGUUGAGAAUGAUGUUGAUUUGCUGUCCGCCUUUCAUCGCGACUGCAAGAAGGGCGGCUGGGCAGUUGCUCCAUCAUUUAGAAUUGAGUCCUGCGUAUUCAGCUCUGCAGAAGGUUGCCGACAGUACCGUACAUCGAGACAACAUGCAGGUCCUCCUCCAUAUCUGCACGGCUCAUUCCUUCCAGUCAAGGACUGUACGUUACACGUGGUGGGACUGAGACAGACGAUGCGUCUCGAAGGUCUCACUCGAGGAUUUGACCUCGGCUCGGAGGAUUCUCUGGCAAGAGCCGUUGCAAAUGCCUCGCUGCUUCCACCGGGUGCCAUCUCCAUUUCGGUUGUCGGUGGAUCAAAUGGGAGGAGGUUAGCGCAGACCACUGGUGCAGUCACACUGGAGGUAAGCAUGUCUUCUGAUGAUGCCAGCGUUGGUCUUGCAGCAAUCGGAUUGUCCAGUUUGGGAAGCAACUCGCCGUUCCUGUCUGAACUAGCAGCAUCGCUGGGUGAAGACGGCAUCACUGUCGGUAUCGUUGGCAACCUGUCAGCCGUGGACGGCUCUUCUGAAGAACUUGCGGCCCAGUUCAUCAGCACCGUGACCACCACGAGCAGCUCUAGUACAGGUGGCAUCGCGAGCUCUACAACUCCUCCAUCUACGACUCCUCCAUCUACGACUCCUGAUACGAACAGCUCUUCGACCUCGACCCCGCCGACUUCAACAACCAGUCUGGAAUCAGGGACUUCAAACGUUGCUGGCGCGCAUUUGCUCGCAAGACUGCCCCUGGCGGCAAUCUCCAUCUCUCUGGCAGGCACACUCUAG